CAGAGCAGGUCGUUAGAAGAAAGUUGUCUCCCCAUAUGAGUAACUGCUGACCUGCAUGGCGGCUGUUCCAUCUGCAGCCUCUAGUUAGCUCCCUCCAGUAGUUGGCCCGAGACGGCCUAAAGAAGAACACCUCAGGUGUGUCGGAAGUGUUGUGUUGUGGUUACUCAAAUGAGGCAUUUCUUCCUCAGUGAACGCUUUUAAACUUUUAACAAGUGAACUAUGGGAUACCACGUGACGAUGGUGCUAUGGGCUACCGCCGCUGCAAUGGCAGUAGCCCUAGAGCCAGCUGACGUCCAGGUCAAGGACUCGGUCAAUGUGUCUACCGCCACAAGAGGCAAGAGAACUUUGGAAUUAUUCUCACCACUGUCAAGAUCGUACGGUUCGGCAGAUAGCAGAAUUUCAACAGGUCCUACCGCAAGCUCCAGAGUAGCCAUAUCAACGCAUUAUUUCGAUCGUGGCACACCACCGAUCACGAUCCGCCACCAGACACGUGCGCCAACUCAUCAUUCUGGAACACCGAUUCGCCGACAGCGUCCUCAUACGGUUCCAGCUCCACCGUACGCGGUCCAAAUGGAACCUUUAGUGCAGUACUCUCAACGCGAUCCAUUAUACCAUCAGCAACAGAAACAAGCGUUAUCCGGAAAGGCAUCAGAGCAAAGCAGCUUCAACGAUCUUCAGCAUGUAAAGAAAACGUCGGGCACACCUGAACUUCAAGUGGAUUAUUUGCACAAAAGCCAGCAUGUCAGCUCAAAUGAGCUGUCUUCUGCAAAUACAGUGCCACCAAGCAACGAGGACAGUCUCAUACAAACUUCCAAGAAUGAUCAUGAACUUGCGGAAAGUAACCAGAUUCCACGUGGCUCUAAUCCGUCCACCCUUCUGGACAGUGAACCCCAGGCUGGUCACCUCAGUUCCGAACAUUUGUACCCCUAUGAUGAUAGCUCAUACUAUCUACGAGAGCCAGAGCCUAUUAUAGAAAUAAUAGUGAAAGAGUCCAAUGAGUCAUUGCCGCCCUCUCCAACGCAACCUAGUCCACCACCACGCUCUCCUACCAAGGAACCUGUUCAAGUGUUUUAUGUAAAAUACAAAAAAGAUCCCGCUAAGUACGGCAAGGAUGGAGGUAUUGUAUAUGAUCCUCCUGUACCAGCUGUGACUCCAGCAAGCAACAGCGACACCGAAGAACAUUACCCAUUACCAUCGGAAGACUCAUCUAACCAACCAACAUUGCCACCUCUACCUCCGCAAACUACAACACUGAGAACCAUUAUUCGUCCAGAUUCAGAAACGUAUCAUGGUACGGGCCUACAUGUAACAUUUGGAGAUCCGCACGAUGAAGAUUCACACGAUGAUUAUCAGCAGCAAUCCGCUCCUCACCCGUCUGUCGUAUUUCCUCAUCAGAACUUUGGUCCACGAUACCAACAUAGGCCUACUUUUGUUCCUCACGAGCAGCAUAAAAGACAGCAGGAACUCUUCCAGCAACAACCACCUACCCCAUUUCUUCAUCCCCAACCACAAUUCCAUCAACAACAAGGUCACUUAUCACCGCAUCCAUCUUCAUUCCAGAGGCCCUUUAACUCACCUCCAUUUCCUCAGCAGAGACAACCUCAGUUUCAACAACCCCCUCCUUUGUCACAACAGCCACCUUUCCCCCACCAGCCGCCCCAAUUUCGCCACUCGCCACCACAACCCCCUCAGCAGCAACAACCACAGUUGUCAAAUCAACAACCAUACCAGAAACCUCCUUUCCAGUUUCAACAACGCCCUCUGCAGCAACCAGGUCCUCACAACCAACACCGAUAUCCUCCACAGAUUCAACAGUCUCAACAAGUACUUCUACCCCAACGUCCUUCUUUCCAAGAACAUCUGCAAAGACCCUCUCUUCAGCAACCCCAAAAUAUCCAGCAAAGACCACAUUUUGCUCAAUCCCCUCUAACAUUGGAUCAAAGGAAACCCGUAUUCCCACUACAUCCUGGUUCGGGAUUCGUACAGCAACCAGAUCAGCAACAAAAUAAUCCUCAGUCUCCAGUUGGAGUACAGCAACAACAACAUUUACUUCAACAACAAAGACAGCAACAACUGUUACAGCUUCAGCAACAACAACGACAACAUUCACAGCAACUUCAGCAAUUUCCUGUACAGCAGCAACAACACUUAUUCACACAUCCUCAGCAACAAUCAGUACCAGUUAAGCAACAAAGCCAUUUGGGUGCGGAUAUAGUGAAGUCUGUUUCACAACAACUCCACCUUACACCAAAUAGCCAGUCAAACCAACAACCGUUAUUGACAUCAAACAACAAAUUUCAACAGCAACCAUCUCCCACUCAGUCUGCAUUAUUUCAGCAGCCUCUGUUCAGUCAACAAACUCCGACUCGCCAACAACCUCAGUCAGUUCUACCAACACCAGCUAUUAACAACUACUCAGUUCCCCCCAAAUCAAUUUCGUCAGUACCAUCAAGUACUAACGCUCCGACGACAGUGACAACACCGAAGCAACACGAGAUCAAGACGGAAGUAUCAGGCGACAAAGAUAAGAAUGCCGUCAAUCCAAGUGUGUUAGCUUCACUUCCGGACGAAGUUCCCGAUGAUUUGCGCCAGCAAUUGCUAUCUUCCGGAAUUCUCAGCAACGCAGAUAUCCAGAUAUUAGAUUACGAUAAAGUUGGUGAUAUUCCAAUCGAAAACUUACCUCCAGAGGCACUAGAAAACUUCUAUGGGGCUGCAGGCGCUGCUAGUGAUCCUGUACCGUCGAUCGUCUCUGCCAACGACUCAGAUGUUCCGGUUGAGAUGAAAGUUGUCCGCUUUAAUCCAGCUACAGCCGAAGGACAAGAGCUAGCAGAGAAGUACGUGAGGGAAGGUGCAACUCAGGUGGACCCUGUUGUACUCAACGACUCAAAAUAUAAUCGUUAUUUGCCAUUGAAAUUGAGUGGAGCGCAAUUUCCUUUACCGGAUGUUCCGGAACUGAGAGGUCGAAAUGUAACUAGUGUCGUUGUACUUGCCCCGGUCGACUACGACUUCCAACAGAAGCAGGUCGGUCCUCCAGAUGACGACACUGACAGAUCAAGCCGGGAGACCAAAGUUCAGGUGCAUGGGGUACAGUUCGUGGCUGGGGAAGCUCUUAAGGAGUUAGUGAAAGAACCCACGUUUGAAAAUUUUAAACGAUGGUUAGACAAGGAAAACUCAACGGUUGCAGCUCGGCAGUCGAUUGUUUUGCUGGUCGCCGGGUCAACAGAUGGGAGUAAUACCAAGGAUAUCUUCAUGUACGACGUUGGGACCCAAAAGGUAAGCAGUCUUCGGGGAGAACUUAGCUCCGCGUUUGUCGAAGUGGCAGAAUCGAACGCUAACAGUCAGGAACUGGACAGUCUAGCAGCUGCUUCGGACUUAAUGGACCAGUGGGAACAGAGUCGGUUCGAACUUCAGUCAGGCGAUGAACCAUCAGCUGCCGCUUCCGACAUAUUUGAAGAUCGGGUUUUGCCGAAUCAGGUCGUCGACAUUUCCUCAUCUGCAUCUGAACAGGAUCUCAGAUACGAUGAAACCAAGAAGGACAAGAAGAGUGUUAUUCCACAUUAUCUUACCUUUGCCGUCUCUGAGUCGGAUGGCGAAUCAAAAGAUGACAAGACAAGUAACAUGAUAUUAGUUUCUUCUGGUUACAGUAAAACAAGUGAUUUUACGGGCCCCUCGCUCUGAUAUUUCCAAUGACCGCCAAGUAAGAAAUUUAUGACGAUAUUAUACGGAACGGCGUUAUUCACGGGUAUAAAGAAUAGUCCUUAAAUCGGUGAAUAGCAGAAGGUAUUAAAACAGUAAGCCUUCUGCCGCAGAUGUGUCUAGAUAAUUUUGUGAAGUAGGCCUAUAAGGACGGAAUGUACGUAUUGUCUGUUAAUAGACGACAUAGCAACUGAAAAUGUACGGUUGCUUGCGUUUAAAAGCCAUAAAUGUGAAGCUUGAUUCCAGAGUUUCAAUUAAGUAAAUUUUAAGUACAAAUUCUUCUGUGUUGUACGAAUAGUCUGUUUUUUAUGCAAUAGAUAUUACAUUUUAAUUGGGUUAUGUUACUUGUCUAAAAUUUACUUUUACAUCAAACGUUCUUUCAAAAUAUUUAUUUAUUAAUCUCAAUAAAAAUAGACUAAUACCCAUUGAAAUCCGUAUUUCUUUAUUGGAAAAAUAUUUAAUCAUUACAUGCCGAAGCUAAUCUCUAUAGAAAUUUUUGUUAUCUGUAAGGAAACACACGCAAUGUCUGUUACAGUGUCAGUUAAUGAUGAUUAUUAAUAACCAUCGUCCUCAAUUCUCAUACCCAGACAAAACGUAAAUCUUCCGUAGCUGAAAUCUAGAAUUAGUGAACUGACAAAAUAGGCCUACUUUUCAUAUUGUGCUGUAAGGAGUUAAUCAUAAAUUUGAUACACGUAUGAUUAGGACGAAAUUACUUACACUAAACCUCAGAAAAGUCACAGUAAUUAGGCUUUAACACUUUGAAGCACAACGUUUAUCUAAAUAAUAUUUAAAUUUGAGUUCCUACAUCAAACGAAACAACGUGCCAUUACAAAAAUCAUUUGGUUAAUGAUAGGUAAAUACUCGAUGUUUAUUCUCAGAAUCGUACGUAACCCAUAAAUACACUCUUUGAACUAAAUUCAGAAUAAUUUAAUGAUGAAGUAGGUGGUACACAUGUUGCUUAUAUGUUUUAAAGGGUUAAACACCGAGUCCUGUUAUAAAAGUUUGGUUUCCAAUUUAACCACAUGCAAGAUUUCAAAGUAACUGAUCACCACAAGCGCGGAAUGCAGAUGGAAUGUCGAGAACUAUUUGUAUGUCAUGUUGAUUCAGUUCUGGGUCAGCUUACCAUACGAUGGGUUCUCGACAGACCGGCCGGUCGGUAGGCUACUGUUAUUUUCCUUAACAAGUCUUGUGCUGCUAGCAGCAGACGCGAAAAUCCGGAAUAGGAGGAACUUUAUCACUGAAACUACAACCUCAUUCUUUGAUUCUAACGGGUAACGUAACUUAUUUCAAGCUAUAGACGUUGAAUACAAUACUAAUUUGAUGAACAUUUAUCAAAAAAUACAAUUUACGGAGAUGUCAGUUAACAAACUUACAUUAUCUACGUUAUUUAAUUUGUUGAUUUAACUUUGCGUUUGCAACUGCGUGUGUUGAUACAUGAGGAAUUGCUAUAAAUUGAAAAUGGUCAUCAAAAUUCUUUGAAAGGAAACAAAGGAAAGUAUUUGAUAAUUUGUGUGUGUAUAUUAAGAAUACAAAUAAGAAGUCUAUUACAUUUAAUGAUAAAUAUACAAAUGUUUAAAUUUUGUAUACUUCCAGCAUCUAAUAGAUAUAUAUUCUCUGAAUGGUGUUUACUUUUGAUAAAUAUACAGUAUUGAAACGA